CUUCACUCAGACUGCUGGUCCCUUUCCUUCUUACACUUGUUGGCGGACGUCUCUUCCCCGCCUCAAGUUUUACCCUGGGAAUGAGAAGACUCUAGGGGGAAUACCUGCUUAACUAAACUUGCCACUAGCAUUCUUGAAACUCAGCCGCAUGGGGCGAUCGUAGGAUUCGGGGUCUUGGACAGGAUGGAAGAUCGAAAGGAGAUACGUGUCUCCAGUCGCCGGCGCUCUAAGGAGGUGAUAAAUCAGUCACCUUGAGCCAAGACGAAAGAACAUUUGACCCUUUGCUAAGCGUCUUACCCUGGAGUAACUAACUCAUCUAUACUGCAUUCAUAUUAAGAGAUUUAUGAAGAAUCAAAAAUGAAUUUGGAACAAGAGAGGCCUUUUGUCUGCAGUGCCCCAGGCUGUUCACAGCGCUUUCCAACAGAGGACCAUCUGAUGAUCCACAGUCACAAGCAUGAAAUGACUUUGAAGUUUCCUUCGCUAAAAACAGACAACAUGUUAUCAGACCAAACUCCAACACCAACCCGGUUUUUAAAAAACUGUGAGGAAGUGGGACUCUUCAGUGAGAUAGACUGCAGCUUAGAGCAGGAGUUUAGAAAGGCACAAGAAGAAGACAACAAUAAAACGAGGAGAAGAAAAAAAAUCAUCGAAAUUCUUAAGGAAGGAAUGGAAAGUCCCUGUACUUAUCUUAAUAACAAGAUGGCUCUGAAUAUUCCAAUGCAUAAUAGUGUGGGAGAUGCUAUGACAGAAGCGGGGGUGCACCAGCUCUCUAAUCCCAGGAUGCCAAAUCAUGACACCAGCAUUGUGAUUCAACAAGCCAUGCCGUCACCACAAUCAAGUUCAGUCAUAACACAAGCACCUUCAACAAAUCGGCAGAUUGGGCCUGUCCCAGGCUCCUUAUCUUCACUGCUACACCUGCACAAUCGUCAACGACAACCCAUGCCUGCUUCUAUGCCUGGGACUUUACCUAAUCCUACAAUGCCUGGAUCCUCCGCUGUCUUGAUGCCUAUGGAAAGACAAAUGUCUAUGAACUCAAAUAUCAUGGGAAUGCAAAGUCCAAAUCUCAGUAAUCCAUGUGCUUCACCUCAAGUUGCUCCAAUGCAUUCAGAAGCUAAAAUGAGGUUGAAAGCAGCUUUGACUCAUAUUCCUGCGGGCAUCUCCAAUGGAAAUAUGAACACCGUGGGUCAUAUGAUGGAAAUGAUGAGUUCUCGACAAGACCAACCAGCCCACCAUCAUAUGCACUCACAUCCACAUCAACACCAGACCCUUCCACCCCAUCAUCCGUACCCCCAUCAGCAUCAGCACCCAGUACACCAUCCUCAUCCUCAUCACCAGCACCAGCACCAUCAUUCUCAUUCACAUCUUCAGGCACACCCAGCACAUCAUCAGACUUCGCCACAUCCGCCACUGCAUACAGAUGGCCAAGCACAGGUAUCAGCAGCAGCUCAACAAAUGCAAGCCACACAGAGCCUACAACCACCACAGCCCUCUGGCGGUCGUCGAAGACGAGUAGUGGAUGAAGAUCCAGAUGAAAGACGGAGAAAAUUUCUGGAACGAAAUCGAGCAGCUGCCACACGGUGCAGACAGAAGAGGAAAGUUUGGGUGAUGUCACUGGAAAAGAAAGCAGAAGAACUCACCCAGACAAAUAUGCAACUUCAGAAUGAGGUUUCCAUGUUGAAAAAUGAGGUAGCACAGCUGAAACAGUUGCUGUUAACUCAUAAAGACUGUCCCAUAACAGCCAUGCAGAAAGAAUCACAAGGAUACCUAAGUCCUGAAAAUAGUCCUCCUUCUAGUCCAGGUCCAACCUGCUCACAAAAACAAGUCAUUCAGCAGAAUACCAUUACUACUUCCUCUGCCGUCGGUGAUGUUGGAGGCUCCACUCUCAGUCAACUUGCAAGCCAUCAAAAAGACAUGAACCCAGUCCUUUAAAAUUGAGUAAUCAAGCAACUGUGAUGAUAAAUAUGAUGACCUAUCAGGUUUAUUUUCUGUUAAAGGCAUUGCCUUCUCAAGAUUAUUUCUGAUCUGAAGGACUCUUCAGCCCCAAAAGACUUAUGAGCUUGAUUUUUUUAGUUAUUAAACAAUUGUUUAUGCUUAGUAAUAAUAAAGGGAUUUAUGCAAUGAUUAUGCUAUCAGCUUGGGAGAUGCUUGGUGCUUUCUCUAAUUUUCUGGUACCAGUUUCUUCUUUAUUUGUUUGUAACCAAACUGCUUCUGUACAUAGCCAUGGUCCUUCUCAUCAUUGCUGGUUGGCACCAUCGAAGCAUCUUAUAACAGUAUCAUUAGCCAAAAACUGAAGCCUAAAAAAUACGAAACAGCCAUACACUUGUUGACAGUGCAAUAAGUACAUGGUUUUUCAGCUCCAUUAAACUCUCAAUCAUACUUGUAACUUUGCAAAUCAUUAUUCUGCUUUGAAAAUGUUUCUAUAUCUGUGGGAGUUACAGCCUAGGGGGUUCUGCGGUCAGAACCUAUUGAAACUGAUUUCAAAACAGUUUAAAAGUAUUCAAUAUUUUAAGUGUCCUUAAAGGAGGAAGUGAACCCAAUUUUUCUCAACCUGUUUUUAGAAAAAGGGUUUAAGUGUGGACAGAAAGGAUGUGCAUGUCUGGAGAUUGUUUUUCAAUAUCAUAAGCCUUUUGCUUACCAAAUAGUUAUGGUUUUUUGCCUACCACCAGGAUAUUUGUGUAAAAAUGAAACAUUCAUGCAAAACAUGAAACCCAUACUUAAAUUGAAUAUAGGUUUUGAGCUUCUGUGGAGUUUUAUGUUUUUUUCCUUUUUGUGAUUUUCCUCUGCACUUUUCAUUUCCCCUUAUAAACCAUGUAGUUGUAAGUCUUCUUUUACAAAGUCUUUAUGGUAUUGCAUACUAAAAUUCUUGCUUUUUGCUGCUUGCACAGUUUCUAUUUAACAUUGAAAAUGCAUUGACAUUGAUGAAAAGCCCUGCAGAUUCACCAGCUAUUUUCUCAGAAGUAUUUACUAGUUCACACUUCUAGCAGCCUCUUCUCCACAGCUGUGUGAGAUUUUUAUUUUCUCUGAAACACUUUUUAUAAUCCUAAUAGGGUGUUUUAAUAAACAGCAAAGGUUGAAAGCAGUUUUACCUCAGGUAAAGCUACUGAUGGUAUCACAGUGCUGGAAGCCUUGUAAAAUUGUUGCUGUAAGAAUCCAUAGCACUGAAAAUAGUAAACAUCACUCUAUAGUACUAUGCUCUUUGUUAGCAAGAAAGUUGCAAGAAUUGUAGAUUGUAAGAUUGUCACCAAAUUGAGUUUACUCAAUAUCUUAAGUCAAUAUGGUUGGUUGGUUGAUUUUGGGUUAACAUUUUCUGUAAACCCAGCCAUUAAGUCUUGUAAGGAAUAAUUUAGCACACAAUAUUGUGUGAACCCAGUUGGUUUGGUUCAUUGAAUAAAUUAUGAUCUUGCAAAUAAAAUAACAAAGGAAACCACAGAGAACAAUCUGCUUGCGCUUAAGUAACUAAAUAAAUUGUGCAGAUCAGUGACACAAUGCCCUGUUAUCACAUGUGUAAGUAAGAGUGGGUAAUAGCACGGGAAAAGCAGAGGAAGGGGACCCUUAUUCUCAUACCCUACCUCUAAUUAGCUUGGGAAAGAGGGUGCUUUAAAAUCAAUAAUUGGGAAAAGGUAUUUCUUAUGAGAUCCUAAUUAGAUCUUCUUUAUGGUAUAAGAUUCAAAGUUUUCACAUUUAACCUUUCCAAAUAAAACCAUUCAAAAAAUUGUUAUACCAACUCAGAAUUCAGAAUUGAAUAAUUUCCUAAAAUUAAAGAUUGUCCAAAACAAAACUUGAGCUACCCUAAAUCUAGAUCACCUGUUUUAAACAAUGGGCUGACUUACUUACAUAGGAAGUUUUCAGUGAUAUUAAGAUGAUGCAGUUCCAAAUAAAAAUUUUCCAAAAGAUAUUUAAAAACCACCCAGCUGAAUUUCAAGUCAUGAAAUUGAUCGUUUUGAAAAGUGAAAUAAUCCUUGAUAAUAAUACCAAGACUAUUUUAUACUUGACCUCAGGUUGAGAAUUGCACUUUGACCAGGAUUAAAUAUCAGAUUAACUGGUUAUUUGCAUAUAUUUUUAAAAUAUUAUGAUAUUUUUUAAAAAAUGCAUUUUAGGAAAACUAAACAAUAUUGUAGCAGCUGGGACCAACUCAAAUAACACUGCUAUUUUUAAUCUAUCUUUCCCUUUUAUAAGAGUUUGCCAAUUAAAACAUUACAGUAUAAUAUUAAUAAGAUGUUAGUAUUUUGUGUAUGCUAACGGAUACAACUGAUACAAACGGAUUUUACAGCAGAAGGAAGGUAUUGGAAAAUACAAGGAAAUGAAUUUUCAGUAGAAAUUAAAUAGGUUUGAAAAUUACUGUGAUUUUUUGGGGGGUCAAAAUUAAGAAGAUAUAAAUAAACAUAUAACUUAAUUGCCCAUUGUAGAUUCCAAUUCUGCUAAAAUUAGUUGUAACAAAGUUGCAUGAAAUCAGUGGAAUCAUGUUUGUUAUAGCACUAUACUCUGACUCCUUUCACAGGAAUAUGCAGCCUAAAUCCCUUGUGAAUUUCAGUUCUGCAGUGAACAAUGGGCUCUUUUCCCAAAUAAAUGUGUCUAUAACUGUGAAUUAAAAUUGCAGAUCUGUAAGCUUUAUAGGUUUGGAUAAGGCUUAAGACCCAUCUGCAAGCAGAGUUUUCUAAAGGAGCUAAAGAAAGUUCCACAAAUAUUCAACUGCCAGAUCUGGGCUAAAAAAGCCAGAUGAACUACCAAAAAAAAAAAAAAAAAAGAAUUAUAAAAAAAAAACCACUAGAAGUCAGCAAAAAGAUAAAGAAAAGAAAUUCACUUUUUUGCAAUGUGGUAGUAGUAUGAUCUUCUAUUUGCAGGGUUUCUUCAUGAAAUGUUUAAAAAUAGAGUUGAACAGGCUGAGUUCAGAAUUUUUUAUGCCUUCAAAAAUCAAACUUCACUAAUAUGCCAACCUGUAAUCUGGCACAGCUAUUGCUAAAAAAUAAAAACCCUUGAACUUAUUCCCACAUAACACUUGUCAUCCCCUUUUUAAUUUAGAAUUGUCCUUAGAGAAGUUAAUAAUUUACUGGUUUACUGGGACUAAAAUGCCAAGACUUAAGGCAGCUUUGGGGUUGUUGUUGGUUUUUUUUUUUUUUUUGUCUUUUACAAACUAGUAAAGUACAAAUAGUUAUAAAGUAUACCUUUUUUAAAAAGAGGCAAUAUAAAUACUGAAAAGUUUAGGGUUCUUUUUUAAAGAAGAACAACGAUAGAAAUAUCAAAAACAUAAGCCUUUUAUUAUAUUACAUUAUUUAAUGCUAAUGAUCCAAUACCUAUAAAAUAUCAAUGGCUGUGAAGAAAUUCUGUUGAAAUAUAGAACUUUGAAAACAUAGUCACCAUAUUGAUUGAUUUUUUGCAUUGCUAUAAAUGCAAAAGAGUUCUGUACAUAAACAAUUUUGCUGUUUAAUUUAAUGGAGUGAGCACUACAGCACAAUCUAUAAGGGAAUCUGUAGAUAAUACUACUCCUUCUAUUGAAAUGAAUGGUGCAGCACAAUGGGCAGCCAUUGCAUGUGAAAAAAUACUUGCACAUGGGUGUUUGAAUUGGGAAAAACUUUCUUGAAACAACUGUAUGUAUCAUUAUAUUAUUCCCACAGAUUGUAACAUACAGAGCUGACGAUGCAAAAAGUUGAAGGUAUUUUUGCCUUCAAGCCAGUAAUUCAGUGAUGUGCACGUAUAAAAUGCAUGGGCUCAACACUUAGGCCGCUGUUCAUCUUAAAAUGAAUGUUUGCCUUCUCCCCUUAUCAGACUACUUCUUAAAUAUUAAAGAAAAGUGAAACAAAAGAAGCAAGUUCUGUAUGUAUGCCCAGUAACUCAACUGAAGUUACUAAAGAGCUCAACAGCGCUUGAAACAUUAAAUGAUUCUGUGCAAGAGAUUUCAAAAGCUCAAAUGUUCUUCAUUAUGUUUCUCCGCUUCUCCCACUCCUGGGCAGAGUAAAUUUCUGGCAAGCUGAAAUUUCUCACAUCCUUAUUUCAAAGAAGGUACAAGGCACAGCUACCUUGGACUAUUGCACAUAAUAUUUCUUAGAUCAAAAAUAGAACAUAAUGCCAUGUAUUUUCCAAGCUAAACAUCAAAUCACUGCUGUACAUAUAAAUACUGUUACCUCCAGUAUGUAAUACCUGUAAAUUAAUACAGAAUAUCCCUCCUUUGCACUAUAUUCAUCCUUGCUUUAUUAUAAAUGUCACUAAACUGUGUGGCAAAGUUACUUACUCUUGGAAUCUAGACUUCAAGUACUUCUGAAUUUUCUUAUUUAGGAGAAUUCUGUCUCAUCUUCAGACAUCUGCCUGACAAUCAUAUAAAGGCAGAAAGAAAAAGAAAGGAAGGAAGGAAGGAAGGAAGGAAGGAAGGAAGGAAGGAAGGAAGGAAGGGUGUUAAUUUGCAUAUUUCCAGUGAUAAAACUAAUUAACUUAUUCACCAUUUUAGUUCCCUGCCUUUUUAGUUCCCAGCUUUGUAUCUUAAGUAAAAUAAACUCACCCUUUCCCCAAACAUAUAGAUUUGAGUUCAAAACAGCUGAAUAAUAUUAGAUGCCAUCAAAGAUUUACAUUUUUGGGUGUUUGUUUGUUACCAUGUUAAAGUUGCUUGAAGUUCUGUGGCUCAGAUUUGGCAGCCUUGCCCAUUUUACUGAGGAGAGAAUGAGGUCCAAUUACACAAAAACUGAAACUGGAUCUUGCUGUCUGUCCAAAAAGUCAAUUAAAUGUAAAAUACAAUGAGAGGAGGAAAAACCUCCAAACACUGCAAAUUGCAAUAUUUAUCAAAAAGGGCUGGAUUGCAAUACAAAAUAUCUAUGCUACAUAAGCUUUUCUGCAAGCCAUAUUUCUAUAUUGUAAUCUAAAUGACAUUUACUUUAGACUAUUUAUUAUGAUAAUGGUGAGCUUUUAUUGCAUGAUUCUGCAUUUUUUGUAAAAGUGUGCAAGCCAUUAAAAAAAAUAGGAAGUGAAUGGCAAAUAAUCAAAAGCAAACAUUUCAACAUAACCGCUUUUCUCUUUACUAACAAGCUAGCUAUAGCUGUAGGGUGAAAUCUAUAUUUCUAAAAUAACAAUAUUUACUAUAUGGUGAGUAUAUAUCUGUAUUUGUGUUUUUAUAAAAAGUCUUUUAAUUGUCUUCUGCAUUUUAGCCAACAUUUUUCCUAUAAAA